GUCAAAUAUAUAUGUUAUAAACUAAAGGGGAACCUUAUAAGUAUAAUUCCCAUAUGUUGGAAAUGAUGGGAGACAAGUUAAAAGGCAAUAUUUUAAAGAUUAAUCACAAACACCUAAUCAAUAUCUCAACUAACCAUCCAAAACAAGCAAUCACAUCCUUAACAAAUACACCUAUAUAAUCUCCCCCCUCCACAAAUUAAACUCCACACAACACAUUUUCAACCAUCCACAAAAACCCAAAAAAAAAAAAGAAAAAAAAAAACCCCUAAAAAUCCAUCCUCAAUAAUAUCAUAAUUCAUAAUGUCUCUUAGACAAAGACCACCAAUAAUUUCCGAUCCACCAUCCACCGCCACCGCCACCCCUCCUCCCAACGACGACGACUUUGCCGACAAACCCCCGCCGCCGCCGCCAUCACAAAGCGCUCUCUCACAAGCCCUAGAAAGCUCGGCACAUCUAGCCAACCUCCUCCCGACCGGAACCUUAUUGGCCUUCCAAAUCCUAACACCAAUCUUCACCAAAAACGGAUCGUGCGACUCCGCCACACGGCCGAUGACCCUCGUCCUCCUCGUCAUAUUCACCCUCUCGUGCUUUCUCGCAUCGUUCACCGACAGCGUGAAGUCCUCAACGGACGGAAAAGUCUACUACGGGCUCGUGACGCCGAAGGGCCUCUGGCUGUUCGACAACCCCGGUGCGGCGGCGGCGGGAGGGCUGCCGGAGCUGAGCAAGUACCGGCUGAGCUUCGUCGACGUGGUGCAUGCGGUCUUGUCGGUGCUCGUGUUUGUCGCGGUGGCGUUGAGGGACAAGAAUAUUGUGGGGUGUUUCUACCCUAUGCCAAAUCAAGAAGCUCAAGAGGUUUUGGAUAUUGUUCCGAUUGGGAUUGGAUUUAUUGCAAGUUUGUUGUUUGUGGCUUUUCCUACUAAACGACAUGGUAUUGGUUACCCUAUUACACCUAACAAUAGAUUUUGAAAUUGCAAUCAAAAUAUUGACUAUUGCAAUUAAAUUAAAUCACAUAUUAUUAUAUGUUGAUUAUAUUAAUUUCUUUUGUAAUUAUGCCAUGUAUUGGAAUUUAAUUUCAUUAAUUCUCAUGAUUAUGUUAAAUGCAUAUGAAAUAU